AUGAAUUUUGCGAAUGUUCAUAGUUUUUUUCAUAAAUUUAUUCCAUUUCCACAUACACCAGACGAGAUUCGAGAUACAAUAAAAGAAUUUGAAGACAAUGAUGGUUAUCCGAUGUGCCUCGGUUGUGUUGAUGGCACACACAUAGAUAUUCAGCCUCCCGAAGGCGAAGAAACUGACUAUUACAAUUAUAAAAAAUUUCAUUCCAUUGUUUUACUUGCUGUCGUUGACGCAUCAUUGAGAUUUACUUAUGUUAAUGUCGGAGCACCCGAUCGCUGCAAUGAUGCUCAUCUGUUUAAUCAUUCUUCAUUAUCAACAUUUCUUCAACAACCAUUAUUUUCAAAUAUUAAAACAAAUAUUCAUCAAACACCGUGUUAUGUCAGGAGUCAACGACCAAAUAUGCCACAUUAUCAAGCUAAUUUUAACUACCGUUUGUCUAGAACUGGAAGCGCAAUUGAACGUGCCUUUGGUCAAUUAAAAAAUCGAUUCAGAAUGGCACAUAAAAAAAUAGAAUUUAGUAUUAAAAAUAUUGAUAAUAUUAUUAAAACUAUUUGUGUAUUACACAAUUUUUGUGUUAAUACACAUGAUAAUGUUGAGACUGAAUGGACCAUAAAUGAACCACGAUACCGAAAACCUUUAUGUAACAAUGCAACAAAUAAUGCCACGCGAAUGAGGCACGCUCUGGCCAUUCAUUUUGAACAGAAUCCGCUUGUUUAA